GACAUCACCGGGAGGCCAUACAAGAUAGGAGAUUUCAAGGCUGAAAUGCAACGUCUGGGUGUGAUGGGGGACAUCGAAGCCUUCGGAGCAUUCCAGAUGAAUCAUCUGUGGAUCAUCACGCUGAAGUCGGCGGACACCAAGCAGCGCCUGGUCGACGCUAAGGAGCUCUGCAUCAAGGACAAGCGCUGCCUCGUCGUAGACCCAGACAACGCGGACGUCCGUAUGAAGCUUCACUGGAUCCCGUUCCACGUGUCCGACGAAUCUGUGAAGAUUGCCCUCGAGCCUUUCGGCAGGGCUCAAGAAAUUUCACGGGAAAAGUGGAGGGCAGAAGGCUUCACCGGCGUCCAGUCGACAACGAGGCUUGUGCGGAUAAGCCUGAAGGAGGGCGUCAUCCAGGAGCGCCUUCCACACCAGCUGAAGAUUGCUGGCGGCAAGGUCCUCGUCGUUGUGGCGGGGCGCGCGCCACUGUGCCUCCAGUGCAAGGGAACAGGACAUAUUCGACGGGAGUGUCGUGUCCCAAGGUGCGACGGAUGUCAUCGCAUCGGGCACGAACGUGAGAACUGCGUUAGGAGCUACGCAGCCGUCACGCAAGAGGCAGCAGGGACCGGAGAUGGUGCAACCCUUGAGAUAGACGAGGAGGAAGCAGAGGAUGCCGCACGGGAAACCGAGCCGGAGGUACCCGCUCCUGCGCGUAGGGAAAAGGCCGCCGUUUCCGCAGCAGACGGUGUCAACACCCCAGGGGAACAGUACGGAAAAGACGCGGAGGAACGAGCCAGUUCACAAGGGUCUAGCAAAGGGUAUGACGUCGCGGUUGUCCCCCAAGACCAAGACCCAGAGCAGCCAAGCGGUGCAGGUAACCAAGUCGCGGAAACAGUCGACAAGGAGGGCACUAACGUAAGACACGUCAAUGACUACGAUUCCGACAUGCACGAAGCCGGCGAGGAGUUGAAGCAGCGGCAGGGCGGGCACGCUGCGGAGGGCAACCUCACAGCGCGCUCCGAGUUCAAGUGGCGAACGCAGAUGAUGAAGAAGGAGCGAUUCAAUCCGAACCUACGCACGCCGCAGGAAGACCGUCGACGAACAGCCCCUCAACAGGUGGGUCCGCCUUGCUACUCAUUUCUGUGCAAACUCAAAGUCCGUUUCUCUUGA